AUGCCGGGUCGCCUGAUCCCCAACUUUGUUUGGGGCUCUGGCUCCCUACAUUCCUCAGUCACCUCGACUCCCAUCCACUCUAAUUCCUCUUCAACUACUUCCGUCAAUGAGAUCCAUCACCAUGGACAUGUCUUCAAGAAGUCGACUCAUAGCACCCCGGAUCGGGCCCGCUCCCCGGAGCGUCGCCUCUCCUUCUCAAUGGACCACUUGAUUCACCCUCACCGCGAUCACAGCAAAGAGAAGCGCCGCAGCCUCGGACGCGCUGCACGAUCUAAGGAACGCUCGCACAAGGAAGAAUUGGCCCCGCCAUCCGCCAAGUUGGACGUUCUGGUGGAAUCUCCCCCGCUAGUUUGCUAUGGUACACCUGCAACUUCCACCGGUGCUUUGUUCUCGGGCCGUCUGCGUGUGGCUGUCAGCGAAUUGGUUGGCGAGGUUUCUUUGACUCAAUUUGAUGCCAAACUUGUCUCAAAGACUAGCACCAAGAAGCCUGUUUCCAACCACUGCCCCAGCUGUGCCACUCGCACAGAGGAGCUGACCAAGUGGAAUUUCCUCACAGAGACUCUUUCUCUCAAGACCGGUAACCAUGAUUUCCCCUUCAGCUAUUUGCUCCCAGGCCACCUUCCCGCAUCCUGCAAUGGAUCGUUGGGUCAAAUUGAGUACUUCCUGCUGGCGCAUGCCAAGAGCGCCACAGGCGAGGAGUUCAACAUUAAGUUGCCACUAAAUGUCCGCCGCGCCUUGCUCCCAGGCAAUGACAAAUCCUCCAUCCGCAUUUUCCCUCCCACCAACUUGACUGGCCGCAUCGUUCUGCCUUCCGUGAUUCACCCCAUCGGCCAAUUUCCCGUCGAGAUGACCCUGAGUGGCGUCGUGGACAAGGGUGAAGAAACCCAAACCCGCUGGCGUCUGCGCAAGAUGAUGUGGCGCAUUGAGGAGCACCAGAAGAUUGUCUCCACAGCGUGCCAGAAGCACUCCCACAAGAUUGGUGGAGAGGGCAAGGGUGUCCUUCACCAGGAGACUCGAAUCAUUGGUCACAACGAGGAGAAGACCGGCUGGAAGACCGACUUCGACACCGCUGGCGGUGAAAUCGGCAUGCAAUUUGAAGCAAGCAUCAACCCGACCACCAACCCAGUCUGUGAUAUGGAGGCCCCUGGCGGUUUGGAAGUCAAGCACAACCUCGUCAUUGAGCUUAUUGUGGCUGAAGAAUUUUGUCCAAACCGCAACACUCGCCUGAUCACCCCCACCGGUGCAGCCCGCGUGCUCCGUAUGCAGUUCAAUCUUAAUGUGACGGAGCGCAGCGGUCUGGGUAUCAGCUGGGAUGAGGAGAUGCCUCCUGUUUACGAGGAUGUCCCUGCUAGCCCACCCGGAUACACCAAGCUCGAUGAUGCUCACAGUAUCAUGGAGGACUACCAUGGAUCCCCACUGCCCCUACCUGAGUACGAUGAGUUGGAACGGAUGGAGUCUCUGCGUCUGGAUAGUGACUCAACCCACUCCUCCAACCAGUCCACUCGUGGUCGUGUACGCUUCACAGCUGACGACUUCCUGACCGAGCAAUCUCCUGUUCCCUCAGCGUCCGCAUCUCGCGUUCCCUCCCGAGCUCCUUCGGCUACUUCUUCACGCCAAUAA